CUUUUCCGUUCUCUCUUUCACUAACCCAAAAAAUAUGACUGUGUCUGAAUCCGAUCGAGUCAAGGCAGAUCAGAUCAAGGCUGAAGCCAACAAGCUUUUUGCUGAAAAGCAUUUUCCUGAAGCGAUCGAAAAAUAUACUGCUGCAAUUGAGCUUAACCCCACCGUCGCCGCGUAUUACACAAACCGUGCUUUUUGUCACCUCAAGUUAGAGGCCUAUGGUUAUGCCAUUUCCGAUGCCGAAGAAGCACUGAAAAUCGAUCCCGCUUUGACGAAGGCCAAUUACCGCCGCGCAACUGCCAAUAUGGCUUUGGGCAAGUUCAAGGAAGCACUCAAGGAUUUGAGAGUGGUAUCCAAACGUGCACCUGGUGAUAAAGAUGCCAAAUCCAAAUUGGAUGAAUGCGCCAAGAUCGUGAAGCGUAUCGAAUUUGAAAAGGCGAUCGAGCAUGAUGAUCGUACCCCAAGUGUCGCAGAAACAUUGGACGUAAAUAGCAUAGUGGUUGAAAGUUCAUACGAUGGUCCCAAACUCGAGGAAAUCGAAGACGAAAUACAAAUCACACCAGACUUUGUUUCGCAAAUGAUUGAGCGGUUCAAGAACCAAAAGAAGAUCCACAAGAAAUAUGCUUUUGCGAUCAUUGUGACUAUUUGGAAAAUGAUGUUGGAAGCACCGUCGCUGAUCGAUGUGAGUGUACCUGACGAUGGCAUCUUGACCGUAUGUGGCGAUGUUCACGGCCAAUUUUACGAUUUCAUCAAUAUUUUUGAGACUAAUGGCUAUCCCAGCGACACCCACGCCUACUUGUUUAAUGGAGAUUUCGUGGAUCGUGGCAGUUUCUCUGUGGAAGUCAUUCUUACUUUGUUUGCAUACAAGUGGUUGUAUCCUACGCGAUUGUACCUUGCACGUGGUAAUCACGAGACAGACAAUAUGAACAAGGUGUAUGGUUUCGAAGGUGAAGUCAAGGCCAAGUUUAGUGAGAUGAUGUUCAAGUUGUUCUCGGAAACGUUCAAUGCACUGCCACUGGCACACGUGAUUGGCCACAAGAUUCUUGUCGUACAUGGUGGUCUGUUCUCCAAGGACGAUGUCACAUUAGAUGAUAUCCGCAAGAUUGAUCGAUUAGGGCAACGACAGCCGGGCACAGAUGGAUUGAUGUGUGAGCUUUUGUGGUCGGAUCCUCAGCCAGAACCUGGACGAGGAGCAAGUAAACGUGGUGUUGGCAUUCAAUUUGGCCCUGAUGUGACAAAGAACUUUUUGGAUCGAAACAACUUGGAUAUGCUGAUACGUAGUCAUGAAGUCAAGGAAAAUGGCUAUGUCAUUGAGCAUGAUGGCAAAUGUGUUACUGUCUUCUCUGCACCCAAUUACUGCGAUACGGUAGGAAACAAAGGUGCAUACAUCAAUAUCACACCAGAUAUCAAAUUAGACUACGUUACAUUCGAGCAUGUGCCACAUCCACAAGUUCGACCUAUGCAGUACGCCAGUCAAUUCGGCGGCAUGCUUGGCAUGUAAGGAGGAAAAAGCGGGGAGAGGGAGCUAUCGGCUCUUCACUAUGACGACGACGGAGGAGAAUGGCGAUAAUAAUUUGCUGUAGAUGCUUCUUUGAUAUAAAUUUUUAUAUUACUUUUAAAAGGGAGAGGAAAUAGAAUAUACAUAUUAUUGAUUUUUCUAAUUUACCAUGUUGUUUUGAUAAUAACUUUUCCUUUACCUUUUCUUUAAAUAUUGACUGAUUGUCUCCUUUGUGUGGAAGAGAAAAAUUGUCUCUUCUACUGUUGCUUUUCUUUUAUUCUUAUAUUACAAACAGCCAG